AUGCGCCAACUUCUCCCCCUCAGCCUAAUAACCACCCUAUCCUUCACCCUCACCUCCGCAACCCUCCACAUGUCCCAAAACACCAGCACCAUCACCAUCUCCAACGACCGCCUCACCGCCCACUUCUCCAAAUCCCAAGGCCGAGUCACCGACCUCUACCUCGACACCCAAGACCUCCUGGGUCCCCAAUCCGGCGACACCGGCGUGGGCCCCUACCUCGACUGCUACUGCAUCCCCUCGGGCUUCCACACCCCUGGCUCCACCACGUCCUCAACCUCCAACUCCACCCUCCGUCUCCUCACCGGCACCGACACCACCAACACCCAAUAUGCGGGUGUAAUCAUGGACUCGACCUACCUCCCGACGGGCCAACACUUCCAACAAUACUGGUUCCUCCGAGACGGCGAAACCGGUCUCCACACAUUCAGUCGACUCGCAUACUACAACGCCUCCACACCAUAUCUCCGCAACCUCCAAGAAUUCAGAACCUUGUUUCGCCCGAAUACCGACCUCUGGACCCAUCUAACCUCGAGUGAGGUCCAGACGGCCCCAUUGCCAAGUGAAAAGGCGAUUGACGAGGAGGUGGUCGUGCAGGAUGCCACCUGGACGUUUAAUAAUACGCCCGGGGAUGCGUACUAUGACCAGUAUUCGGAUUAUUUUACGAAGUAUACGUUUUCGAAUUCGUGGAGGGAGAAUUCCGUGCAUGGGGUUUACGCCGAUGGGUCGACUUCGAAUGGGACGACGUUUGGGGCCUGGUUGGUUAUGAAUACGAAGGAUACGUAUUAUGGUGGACCGCUGCACUCUGACCUCACUGUCGAUGGUAUCGUCUACAACUACCUCGUGUCUAACCAUCAUGGCGAAGGGACUCCUAACAUCACCUACGGCUUUGAUCGGACCUUUGGCCCUCAAUUCUACUACUUCAACGGCGGGAAGGGCUCUGCCUCGCUGCAGGAGCUUAAAUCGGAUGCAGAGUCCCUGGCAGAUCCGAGCUGGAACUUGGAGUUCUACGACUCGAUCGCCAAACAUGUAGUCGGAUAUGCACCCUCCAGCAAACGCGGCAGUGUGCAAGGGCAGAUCGACCUCCCGGAGGGGGCCACCAGACCUGUGGCUGUACUCACCGUGGAUGGGCAAUAUUUCCAAGAUAACUCGGCAAAUGCCUCCUCGUACCAGUACUGGGCUGAGGUUGACGCGUCCGGACGGUUCAACAUCGACCACGUCAAAGAAGGGACGUACCGGGUAACCGUAUACGCCGACGGAAUCUUCGGUGACUUUGAACGUGACGGCGUGCAUGUCAAGGCUGGCAAGACCACCAAUAUCCAAGAGACUUGGGUCGCAGAGUCCGCAGGCACCGAGAUCUGGCGACUAGGGACGCCAGACAAAUCGUCUGGAGAGUUUCGACACGGAGUUGCCAGGGACCCCACACACCCACUGCAUCCCCCAGAGUACCUUAUCUACUGGGGCGCAUAUGACUGGCAAACAGACUUCCCGGACGGAAUCAACUACACCAUCGGGGCCAGCGAUCCAGCAACCGAUCUGAACACCGUGCACUGGUCCGUGUUCGGACCGACCCCCAACGACCCACGUGUCGAGUACGAUACCACGCACGACUGGACGAUCAACUUCCCCUUGAGCGAGGAUGACCUUGCGCAGCGAUCCACAGCCACUCUCACCAUUCAGCUCGCGGGCGCCAAGACGGCCUCCGGAAACACGGACGUCUACAGUCCAAAGGAACCAUAUACUAACCUCGCGCUGGAAAGCUACAUCAAUGACCAAGCGGAGCCACUGACUCUAUUGAUCGGGUUUAAUCAGUCAAGCAGCUGCAUUGUGCGGUCGGCAGUCAGUUGCUAUCAGGUUCGCUCGCGCAUGGAGUUCCCGGUGGAUUGGCUGAAGGUCGGGAACAAUGUCCUGACCUUGCAUCUGCCGUUUAAUGCAACGGAUACGGAGACGGCGGUUUUGCCGGCCACGGUUUAUGUGCAGUAUGAUGCGUUGAGGCUGGAGGUUUCGUAG